CGCCGGCACGUGGCUCGCGUAGCGCCGGCCGCCACAGAAGGACCUUGUUUGCUCCUGGACCGUGCUCUGAGCAGGGCUGGGCUGGGCUCGGAUGUGCUCUGUGGCUGCCUUGUCUCAGGGCUUUAAAUAUUCAUGCUUUUGAUUUCCUCUGAGCUGCUGGCAACCGCUUGCGAGCGCAGGGGCCAGAGCGAGCCGGCAGGGGCGGAGGGGCAGCGCUUCGGGACCUCGUCUGUGGGGCACGGGGGGCUGUGCUGAGCCCCUGCUGAAGACAAUGGGAUUCGUCGUGGGUCCGGUUCAGGAGCGGCGUGGGGCAGUGGGGCUUGAGGACCUCCCAGCUGCGUGCUGAGCCCCCUCACCGGCCGCUCCGUGCGGCCCCGGGCUGUAACCACAGCCUCGCUUCCUCCCCUCUGCACCCGGAGCGGGGGUUGCUCUCCAUCCGCCCGGAUUGCUGACGCUGGUUGCUAUCGAUCGGCUUUUGACGGCGUGGAGCUGGGCAGCCCCUGCUGCGUUUUCUCCUCGUGAGCCAUGCGGGGCUGCUGGGCACCGGGCACGGAGCUCGGCCUCAAUCGGAGCCUGGGGGAGGAUUCCAGGAGGCUGUAGGCGCUCAGACGCUCCGUGGGGUCGCAGUGAGGGGUGGGCAUGCGCCAGCCCUUCUCGCCUCUCUCUCUCCGCGAUGGAUCUCCUGCAGAAGAGCAAAUACAGCCACCUGAGGAACGAGUCUGUCUCCUCCCUGGAGGAGGCAGUGGGAGCCUUGGGGACCCCGGCGUCCCCGGUGGAAUCCCUGGCAGGCACGCGGUCUCUGCCUGGCUCCCUGUCGUCCUCCUCCCUCAGCCCCAUGCUGCCUCUCGGGGAGCUCUCAUCCGAGUCGGAGGACAGCCCCACCACCCUCUGCUCUUUCUUCCCCAAAAUGGCCAACCUGAAGCUCUCGAACCCCGCCAACCUGCUCAGCUUACGGGGCUCAUCGGCUGGCAGCCUCAAAGAUGCCGGGAGCUCGGGGCAACCCGUCCUCACCGGGACGCUCACACCGGCACCGGGGGGAACAACCGGCCCAGACUCAGCAGGACCUGUCACUGUCUGUUCCCAGGAUAUGAACAAGCUGAGCUGUGCCAAGAGGACGCGGGUGGAAGGCGGCCAGCUGGGUGGUGAUGAAUGGACCCGCCACGGCAGCUUUGUCAAUAAGCCCACGCGUGGCUGGCUGCACCCGGAUGACAAGGUCAUGGGUCCUGGGGUCUCCUACCACGUCAGGUACAUGGGCUGCGUAGAAGUCCUUCAGUCCAUGAGGGCUUUGGAUUUCAACACCAGGACUCAGGUCACCAGGGAGGCCAUUGGCCUGGUGUGCGAGGCCGUGCCCGGUGCCAAGGGAGCAGUGAGGAGGAGGAAGCCCUGCGGCCGCUCUCUGAACUCCAUCCUGGGCAAAAGCAACCUGAAGUUCGCCGGCAUGCCCAUCACCCUGACCAUCUCCACCAGCAGCCUCAACCUCAUGGCCUCUGACUGCAAGCAGAUCAUUGCCAACCAUCACAUGCAGUCCAUCUCCUUCGCUUCUGGGGGCGACCCGGACACAGCUGAAUACGUUGCCUACGUUGCCAAAGACCCCGUCAACCAGAGAGCCUGCCAUAUCCUGGAGUGCCCUGAGGGCUUGGCCCAGGAUGUCAUCAGCACAAUUGGGCAAGCCUUCGAGCUGCGCUUCAAGCAGUACCUGAAGAACCCCCCAAAGCUGGUGACACCCCACGACAGGAUGGCAGGGUUUGAUGGCUCAGCCUGGGAUGAGGAAGAGGAGGAGCCUGCCCCAGAUCACCAGUACUACAACGACUUCCCCGGCAAGGAGCCUCCUAUCGGUGGGGUCGUGGACAUGCGGCUGCGGGAUGGGGCUGCGCAGACCCCCAAUCACCUGGGGGCCACGCUGCCUGUUGGCCAGACGUCUGGUGGGGAAUUUGACCCCCGGAAGCAGCACGGUCCCGCUCAAGCAGGAAGAGAGAAAUACCCGCCUGCAGCAUCCGGCCGCACGGAUCUGUUUGAUGACCCAUCUUAUGUGAACGUGCAGAACGUGGACAAGACACGCCAAGCAGCAGCUGCAGGCAGCCCUGCAACAGCCAACGGCAGUGCGCAGCGAGAUCUCUUCGACAUGAAGCCAUUCGAAGAUGCCCUGCGUGCCCCCCAGUCUGCGCCCGUGAGCGUUCCGCCUGCCCAGGUUGUGGCUUCCAUGGAGGAGCAGCUGAGGAGGGAGCCUUGGUACCACAGGAAGAUGAACCGCAAGGAGGCUGAGAAACUGCUGAAGGUGAACGGAGAUUUCCUGGUGAGGGAGAGCACCACCACCCCCGGGCAGUACGUGCUGACCGGCCUGCAGGGUGGGCAGCCCAAGCAUCUGCUGCUCGUUGACCCCGAAGGAGUGGUCCGGACAAAAGAUCACCGUUUUGAGAGCGUCAGUCACCUCAUCAGCUACCAUAUGGACAAUCACCUGCCCAUCAUCUCAGCUGGCAGCGAGAUGUGCCUGCAGCAGCCGGUGGAGAGGAGACUGUGAGCUCCUGGGGGCCUCGGUGCGCUCCCCCCCAGCCCUGCUUCCCACCCUGGGGAGCACUUGGACUCAGCCGGGGCUGAGCGUGGACUGCCUUGGGGAUGGGCCUCACCCUCCCCCCACCACACGAAGCUGGCGGCCCUGGGCUUCGGGCAGCAUGGUGUGAGCUGCCUGCGGGGCCGGGGGCUGGUGGUGCCAAAGCCCCCUCCUCUCCUCCCAGCUCCAGCCUUCGCACAGCUGCUCCGCUUGUACCAAAUCCCGCCCCCGUACGGUGUCACCGCUGGGGCACGAGCCCGGGGCCGGGCCCUGCUCCAGCCUGCUUGGAACUGGGGGUGGCCGGGCUUCGUCCGGUGAGCAGCACCAGCCCCGGGGGUGGGGGUGGGGGGUUGGGGGCUCACCCAGGGCUGGGCCCUGCGCUCUGCUCCCCAAGCACAAGGCCCGGCCGGCCGCGCACCGAAUGUACCCGAUCACUUUAUGUGUAACUGUGCCUUGACCCCGCAGGUCCCACACAUAUAUGCAAUGCAGCCGGGCAGGGGGCGAGGGCUGACAGCUCCCGCGUGCCCUCCGGGUCCCGCCAAGCCCCUUCUCGGGCACCUCUCUUUCUGCCGGAGCUGGCCGGGCCCCACUGCAUGCACCUCGACCCCCCGAAGCCAAAGCGCAGCCCUGCCCCGGCCCCGCUAUAACCAAAGGAUCCGGCGGUUCGUAUUAAAGUUGGUAUUUCUUUA